GGCGUUUUCAUUCCAUCGUGACGCACAGAGCUCUCUAUACGCUGUAAUGAAUUGAUAGUAAUUUAUUUAUAUGUGUCUAUGUUUCAGGUGGUCGCUUUGACGCCAGCCACUCUCAUUCCGGUACGGUUGACGACUCGGUUCGUUUUGGACUCGGCAGUUUUCGGAGUUGCAACGAGACUGUGUUGCAUGCCGGGGUAGUGGCGGACCCUCUCUUUCCGCGAGUGGGAGGACGGACGUCACUGUUUGUCCCAGAGUCAGGGAAAAAUGGCGGAGGCUGCCGCGGUUUCUCAACAUCGCUUCUUCUGUCACUGCUGUAAGGGUGAAGUGAACCCCAAACUGCCGGAGUACAUUUGUCCCAGGUGUGAAUCCGGAUUCAUUGAAGAAGUCGCAGAUGAUUCCAGCUUGCUGGAAAGCGGUGCCAGUGCUAUAAAUGAUGACGCAGCCACACAGUUUGCAGAGCUGUGGCACCUGCUCUUCGUGGAGCGCCCCUUCUCUCUGGACCUGGACAGCCGGGAGUCUGCGGAGAGGCAGCAGCUGAGCGGGUCGGAGCACUGGGGCCCUGGCCGGCCCACCCGACUCCAGAGCCAGAGGAGGUACCGGAGCAGAGGCACCACGAGGCCCGAGCGAUCCCCCGCCGUCGAGGGGAUUGUGCAGCAGUUCCUGGCCGGUCUCUUUGCAAACUCUGGAGUGCCCGGCUCCCCGCCUCUCUCAUGGACAGGCAUGCUUCACUCCAAUCCCGGGGACUACGCGUGGGGACAGGGAGGGCUGGACGCGGUCAUCACACAGCUCCUCGGACAGUUUGAGAACACAGGCCCCCCUCCGGCUGAGAAAGAGAAGAUUGGCUCCCUGCCCACAGUGACCGUCUCUCAGGAACAAGUCGACUCUAAUGUGGAGUGCCCGGUCUGCAAAGAGGAUUACUCUCUGGGAGAGCCGGUCAGGCAGCUUCCCUGCGGUCACCUCUUCCACAGCGAUUGCAUCGUGCCCUGGUUAGAGAUGCACGACACCUGUCCAGUGUGUAGAAAGAGUCUCAGCGGCGAAGACUCCACGAGGCAGAGCCUAGACCCCCCCAGCCUGAACGGAGAGGCCAGACCCCAGGAGCGGUGGUCCUUCUAGAGGUGUCCCCACCCCACCCCUCCCUCCCCCUCCCCCUUCUUCCAGUAACAAAUACACAAUGUAUUCUUUGGACCUUACUGGGGGAAAAAACAAACAAACAUUUAAUUCAUUGAUUUUACAGACCUGUAUAUCUUGUAAGAACCGUGGACACAGCGCCAAAACAGAACCGGUCCAAACCAUCUUAAAAUCCACCUGGUUUUUGUCUCAGAACUACCAUCUAACCCACGUUGACUAAUAGAGUGCUAGCCAUGGCAAGUAUGCCUAUUAAAGGAUUGCUGGCCAUGGCUUUUCAAGUUUUCUGUUCUCCUGUUUCGCACAGAUUGCAAAGUUGAUCUCUGCUUUUUAUAUAAUAUAUAUCUGGUUUUUUUUAUACUUUACGAUUUUGACCUGAAGGCGUUGCUGCGUUUCCGAUGAAAGGUUGCUGCUUGCUUGCUGGCCCCGCGCGUCCCGCGUUGGAAUUCGCUCCAAUGGGACGGCUGCAAUCGCACCAUGUGAUCCGCGUGGGGGGGGGGGGGUUUACCGGUAGCAUCAGAAAAUAUUUGUGAAAAAUAUUCUCUCCACAGUAAAACAGGGCUGUCCAAUCAAUCAAUUUUUUUUCCUCUAUCAAUGUAAUUGUAUCAGUUUUGUUGCCAAUUUUCAAUGCGCGUGUUCUCACUUCUCUUGUGGAUUGUGAAUCGUUUUUAUUUCAAUUCUUCCCUGGCUUGAGGAAGUGUGCAGCUGUGACGUUUGAUUACACGAGAUUAACAGCCUCCCUGUGCUCUGUAAAAGAGAAGGGGAGGCUCUUAUACUCUCUGAACAGCCUCCCUCUGCUCUGCUGGUGGAGCAGAGAAAGAGAAAGGGAGGCUCUUAUACUCUUUGAACAGCCUCCCUCUGCUCUGCUGGUGGAGCAGAGAAAGAGAAAGGGAGGCUCUUCUAUUCUCUGUACAGCCUCCCUCUGCUCUGUGCUGGUGGAGCAGAGAAAGGGAGGCUCUUAUACUCUCUGAACAGCCUCCCUCUGCUCUGUGCUGGUGGAGCAGAGAAAGAGAAAGGGAGGCUCUUCUACUCUCUGAACAGCCUCCCUCUGCUCUGUGCUGGUGGAGCAGAGAAAGAGAAAGGGAGGCUCUUAUACUCUCUGAACAGCCUCCCUCUGCUCUGUGCUGGUGGAGCAGAGAAAGAGAAAGGGAGGCUCUUAUACUCUCUGAACAGCCUCCCUCUGCUCUGUGCUGGUGGAGCAGAGAAAGAGAAAGGGAGGCUCUUCUACUCUCUGUACAGCCUCCCUCUGCUCUGUGCUGGUGGAGCAGAGAAAGGGAGGCUCUUAUACUCUCUGAACAGCCUCCCUCUGCUCUGUGCUGGUGGAGCAGAGAAAGAGAAAGGGAGGCUCUUCUACUCUCUGAACAGCCUCCCUCUGCUCUGUGCUGGUGGAGCAGAGAAAGAGAAAGGGAGGCUCUUAUACUCUCUGAACAGCCUCCCUCUGCUCUGUGCUGGUGGAGCAGAGAAAGAGAAAGGGAGGCUCUUCUACUCUCUGAACAGCCUCCCUCUGCUCUGUGCUGGUGGAGCAGAGAAAGAGAAAGGGAGGCUCUUCUACUCUCUGAACAGCCUCCCUCUGCUCUGUGCUGGUGGAGCAGAGAAAGGGAGGCUCUUCUACUCUGACCAAUAUACUAGAUUUAUUUUUAUUUACCAUAGAAGUUUUUGAAGUUACCAUAAAGCAUAUUUUCAUCAUCCAUAUUAUUUUUUUUUUCCCCAAAUGUGAGCUCCACCUUUAACCCACCUCAGCCUUCGGUAUGCUGUCCAGCAUUGAGAUCCCGGGAUGGGAAUCAGACUCCUAAUGCACAGCAGUGUCACCCAUUCCAGGUUUUACUACCAGCUUGAUCAGCCCCCAGUGUGUCUAGGCAACAAGCUCAGGUGUGUCUUAUUCUUAAACUCCUAGUGAAACCAGGAAUCAAAACGCUGUGCAAUGGGAGUCUUAUUUCCAGUUGAUGUAUUUGACAGUUGGAUGGUUUAUAUAAAAAAACGUGUCCAAUUAAUCAAAUCAUCAGACCAGUUAAGUAAUUGAGAGCUCAGGGGGGGUGGGACGGGAGACACUGCGGUCCUCUCCAGGAGCUGAGUUUCACACCCUGGUGGUAGAGCUUGGAACUUCGAGAUGCUUGUGUGGCGAUCCCCUCUGUGCCCCCCAGGGGGCGCUGUUUCCCCGUUCUCUAGCAAAGCUGGGGGACACACCACGGCUGAAAGUGUGACAGUGCGCUGGAGGGCUUGGUGUGGUUUAUUUUUCAGUGGCUCAAUCCACAAGCGACUUGAACCGGCGCUGUUGAGCAUUCCUCUUAUUAGAAGAAACUCUGUUUCAAAUCUCAUGAUUGUGAUCAGCUGUCGUUUUGGUCUGUGAAUGCCUUUGUUUUAACUUUGUGGUUGUAUUUUCCUCAAUUGUAAUAACCACCCUGAAUCUCCAAGUGGAAAAUUAUAUCCAAGCACAGUUAACUACUAACUUCCCUUCUAUUAGAAGAACUAGAAACAGGGAUGGGAAUCAGACUCCUAUUGCACAGCAGUGUCACCCAGUCCAGGUUUUACUACCAGCUUGAUCAGCCCCAGUGUGUCUUAAUUUUAAACUCCUAGUGAAACCAGGACUGGAUCACACUGCUAUGCAAUGGAAGUUCUGUAUCCGUCCCAGUAGAAGCCCAUUCCUUAUCUUUGUGUUGAUUUUAUCACAGCACCCCACACACUGAAAUUAUCACAAUGGCAGACCGGUCUCCUUGCUCCCCAGACCAGUGCGUCAUCUCUGCUGGUUCCUCGCAGUCUCCAGAUGUUUCUUCUGUGAGUUUGGCACAGCGUUGCACAGCAGGGGUGUCUCAAGCAAGGUCCUUCUGGUUAUUCCAACUUGAGCUCUCGAUGAACUUCAUUGAUCAAAUUAUUUUUUCAGUUGGACAGAUUAAAGCAGGUGGCUUAGGGGUCCAGUGUUUAAAGAAAGGGGCUUGUUACCAGGAGAUCCUAUUGGAAGUGACUCUGCAGCAGCAGCAGCAGUUGUUGAUGAAGCCCAGUUCACUUUGGAUAAAAGCGUCUGCUGAACGACUAAUUCAUAAAACAAGAAUAUUUUUAUUUUCAAUGUCUUUUUGAAGGAUUUAAAAACGCACCUGAUUCAGAUGCAUUACCUAUUAAACAUUUUGAGGCUUGGAGAGAGGUGUUUAAUUAGACCAAUGAAGUAAUUGAGAGCUGACGUUGGAAUGAAAGUUUAACCCCCCCCCGUGCUCCUAAACUGAGUUUUGACCCCCCUCUGCUCUAAAGCUAUUCUGAUCUCGGUUACAGAAAUUUAUUUUGUGGAACCCGCCUCCCCAAAACCUGGCCCAGCCCUUAUAUAAUAAGCCACAUAGCCAUCCCUGUAAAUUCAGAAGCUGUGAGAAGCAUAGAGAGAGUAGACUGGAAAGCUGUUCAGCUGUGGCCACACGUUGCAUCACCUAGAAUUUUAGGAAUGAGACAUAAUUAAAAAAUAAAUAAAUGAACAUAAUUUUGAUCUUUUUAUUGAACAUCAUGCGAAAGAAACUACAAAAUGAUAUCGAAUAAAAAAAGAAAAAGUCUACCGCUAGGAAGCUAUAAUGGAGUAGUUCUAUUAUUUCAUGUUAGAUUUUGAAAUGUCGCUUUUCAGUUUUGUAAGUUUUUUGUGGGUGGAGAAACUACAGAGCGGUGUGUAAUUCAAUAUGUUAACAAGCUGACAUUUAUUCAGCAGGUUUCAUUUGACUUUAUGAAGCUAAAUGAGUCUCUGUAGAGGGUGAUGCAAAACAUCUGGCCACAGCUGUGCAGACAGACAGGGGUUCUCCCAGUAUGAUCCCCUCCACAACCCGGAACCUGUCAAUUCCAGAACGAUUUCAAAGUCUGCUUAUAAAAUCAAUCUGCCUGUGCGGUCCGCCACAGAGUCCUGUGGCUUUUUUUUCUGUUGAAAAUUAUAAUGAAGUAUGAAAUAUGAGGUUGAAAUAAAGUUAUACCAUUUUUGAAUUAGUGGGUGUGCCCGGAGCGUACGUCUACUGUGUGUAGUGGAAUUGGAACGAGUGUUCAAAUAGUUUUGUCCGCCUGUGUUUUUGUUUGGGUGGGCUUGGGAACAUCAUGCGAUUCUGCAGCACCUCCCUAAUCCGGCACAAUCGCCUGGUCCCAAUCGAUGCUGGAUUAGACAGGUUUCACUGUAUAUAGAGAGAGAUUUAUAAAUAAAUAAAUGUACAUUUUGAUGUCUACCUUUGUCCAUCUGUGAACGCUGUUCCCUAUUCCAUUAGAGUGAAUGUUUUCAGUGAAUGCACGCUAUGGUAAUGCAACAUAAAUACUGAAUUUUUUGUCUGGUUAUUGGGGUAUCGGUAAUUUAACUAAAUAUUGCACCAGCGUGCGCGUGUAUUUGAACACCCCAUUGCUUCUGGAGUUUUGAUUUACUGUGCGUCUGAAAUCAAACCACUGGGACUGAAAAUCUGGGGGAAUUUGUCCAAAUAGGCAAAUUAUCAAUUGUCUAAUUGCAUUGAUGCCUUUAAUAGGCCACCCAUGCAGUUAAUUUAAAACAGUGAAGAGAAAAGGAACACAGAGCCACACACGAUAAAACGCAGGAGACUUUUUAGAAGUGGUUUAAGACUAAUUAAAGCACAGAGCGGUCUGACAUUUUCACACAGGAGUGUGUUUCUAUAUCCCUGAUUACUGAGCGGAGAUUGAAAUUCUCCCACCCAGAGGUGUUUUCAUGCAGGCGGGUGUAUAGAGGAUAUCAAUGACAGAUCUGGAGCUGUUCAGAUACAGUUGCACACUGCUGUAAGCAAACUGAGUUAUAAGGGAUCGCACAUUCUCUCAUGACUUUUUUUGACUUAAAUUAAUCAGUGCUGUUUUAAUUAGUGAAGUAAAAAGUCACAAUGUGGUGUUUUUUUCCAGCAGUUUACAAUUACACUACAGUUUCCAAAUGAUUGCUCAGUAAUUAUGUCAUUAGUACAGCCUGAUUCACUGUGCUAACGCUCAGCUAAAUGCUAAAUCCUACGUGCUCCAUCAUACAUUGCAUUUUUUAUUUGACUAAUUCUGCUGUAGGCUGCCAAUUCCAGCCAAUGUACAUAUUAUUAUUAUUAUUAUUAUUAUUAUUAAAAUUCUUUAGUUUGGAUUUACAUUUUUGUAAAUAAUUUUAGGUUUUCUGUUUAAAAAAAAAGAAAUAAAUGUAUCACUUUGCUCACCUUUAAAACAAAUAAAAUCACAACAACACAAUCGCUCCAAUUUUACUUGUGUAAAAUAAGUGUUUUAAGAAUGUGUUAUUUUAACACAGGCUUCCUGAAACUCUGAAUAAAGUGCAUGUAAAUAUCA